CACGGAUAGCCCGGCCCCGGGAUGGCUCGUCCGGCUCCGGGAUGUGCAGCCCCGCUCCCGCCCCGCGCCGCCGAGGGCAGGGAUGCCGGAGCUGCCCGAGCCGAUGCCCGUGAGCAGAGCGCACGCCGGCGGUGCCGUGGCUGAGGGGAGCGUCCCGGCCUGCUGAGGCGGCCCCGGGCCUGCUGCCUCCGGGGCUGGCGCUGGCACCUGCUGCAGCUGUGCCUGGAGAGGGGCAAAGGAGCCUGACUUCGCUGAGAGAGUUUUCCUGGCAGGGGAGGGCAUGCAGGGCACAGAACCGUGCCAAAGAGCCUGGGAGUGCAGGUGCGAGUUCCCUCCAGCCGUGCCGUGGUGAAUCGUGUCUCUGCAGCCGCGCCUUGCUCAGCGCCAGGGCUCUGAGGGCUGCCCAUGGCGCCUGGGCUGCAGUAGUGCCUGCUCUGUCUCCGCUUGAGCCAUCUGGAGAGCUGAAGAACACAGCAGGGAAGAUGUUGGACUUGAGCUUCCUGACCGAGGAGGAGUAUGAAAAGCUGAUGAAGGUUCUGCAGAGAGAUGCAGAGCUGAAGAAGAAGGAUGGGGAUCGCAUCAGAAGGAUCCAAGGCUCCAUCACAGAUGAAAAGAAGAAGAAGUUUGUGACAGGUGAAUGGUUUUCAGAAGUGAAGGCAAAACGGUUCCAGGAGGACUUGGCAGGGCCAGAUCUACUUCGAGCAUCAAUCAGAAGGAAAAAGGGCAAACUAGAAAAUGAGGACAACAAGCAUAUCCAGACGAGUCUGGAAAGCAAAGCUGCCCCAAGUCCUGCCUGUCCUGAGGACAUUGCUGAUGCAGGAGAGGGAAGAUCCAGUACACCUACUCUUGAAACCACAGAGCAGAAAAUUGUGCCAAAACUGAAGCCAAGACUGCCUGUCCAGUUGUCUGCAUCAUACAAGAGAUCCAGCAUACAUGAUGUCUCUUCCUCAGAGAGUGAUACUGGAACAAGUCCAUUUGUGACUGCAACAAACAGCUUUCAUUUGUCUAAAAAAGGUCAUGGAGUGUCUCCAUUGCCCACCAAGGUUUCAGAGGAUGCUGUGCCUCAGCCCAGCACUGCAGCUGGAGAAGCUGCUGAUGGGGCCGCUGGCACCAGAGAGGGGCCAAAACCUCCACGUGAAGAAAUGUACGCUCCCAGCAAAAUACCAGUUAAGAAGAAACCAAGCAGAAGCCUCCCCAGAUCUGAGCAGGUUGUGAACCACGUGGGGCCAGCAGAAAACAGCCUGGCAAAGAAAGAGCCGCUGGCAAGCCCCAGACCACUGCCCGCAGCAGGGGAGAGCAGCUGGGCUGGUAAGCAAGGAGUGAACUACACCAUCUCGUCCAUGGGUAACAAGGAGGAGGAUAUCGGCCUCGACCGUGAGCACUUCAGGAGCUUGAAGGACUUUUGGGAGAAGGGAGCAGAGCCAGGCCGGGCCGAGGCGGACGCUCGGCAGUCCGGGCUGUGCCGCUCACUCUCCCUGCAGUCUGGGCCAGGCCAGGAUGCUGGAGAAAAGCCUGGUGCCUUCACCAAAACCAGGACCCCCUCUAAAAGGACAAUAACGUUGUCUUCUAGUGAGGAGGAGCCAAGCUGUGGCACUCCUGCAAGGAAGGGCUCAGUUUCCGUCGCUCCCAGAUCCACGUGUGCCAAGAGCAAAGGGGGUCUGGCUACAAGAAAUGACUUGCUGAGUGAAAGCAAUGGGAAGCUGCUGAUGCCAGAGGAAGAGAAGGUGGUGCAGCACUGCUCCAAGAAAUCCAGACUGCCUGUGCGGGCACCUUCCAUCCAACUGGAGUCGCCCACCAAGGAUGUGUCUGGCAGCUCGCUGGGGCCGGGGACACCCGUGGAGGAGCACAAGCCCACAGGGAGGUCCCUGGCCAGCAGCGUGCAGAUCCUAAUCGAGCCUGUGCCCACAGAUGGUGAAAGUGAUGAUGAGAAAGAGGAAAGAUCUGGUCUGGGCACUCAAGACAACAUGGAAAUAAAUGGAGAGCUACCUGAGGAAAAAAUGUGCAAGUCUUCAGACCAGCCAGCACCUGGUGAACUGUCUGGAGAGAGAGAAGCUGUUCAGGGAACAGACUCAGCUGUUUACUCAGAGGAAGAUGGUGAUCAUUCUCCUGCUGCUCAGGCACUGGCCCGAGCAAAUAGCAUUAAUCUUGCAAAGAGCAUGGUGAACAUUUACACAACCACGGAGACAUACAAUAAACCACAUUUGAUUACACAUCAAUUUCUUGAACCUGAAAGAGUCAAAGAACUGAGCAGAUCCUCUCCUCUCCUGUUGUCUGAGACGGAAUCGGACACGGCCUCGGAAGUCAGCUUCCAGCUGAACAGGCACAAGAAGACGCCCAGCACCGGCAGCCACUCGUCUGACAUGGCUUCAGUCUCCUCGGUGAGUGGCAGUGUGCUCAGUGUCUACAGUGGUGAUUUUGGGAGUGUGGAUGCCCAAGGAACUGUGGAAUUUGCUCUAGACUAUGAUGAGAAGAACCGGGAGUUCCAGGUUCACGUGGCCCAGUGCAAGGACUUGGCUGUAGUGGAUGAGAAGAAAGGCAGAUCUGACCCGUAUGUUAAAACUUACCUGCUCCCAGACAAAGCUAGGAUGGGUAAGAGGAAAACAUCAGUGAAGAAGAGGACAGUGAACCCCAUUUACAAUGAGGUGUUACGGUAUAAAAUAGAGAAAAUGGUAUUGCUGAUCCAAAAAUUAAAUCUCUCUGUUUGGCACAAUGAUCCACUGGGACGUAACAGUUUUUUGGGAGAGAUUGAAAUAGACUUGGCCAGCUGGGACUGGAGCAACAGGAAACUCAACUGGUACCCGCUGAAGCCCCGGAGCCUCUCUGCUGUUAAUGGUGUGGAUCAUCGAGGAGUGAUGAGUUUGUCCAUUAAGUACGUCCCUCCUGGAAGCCUGGGGCCCAAGAAUCCUCCCUCUGGCGAAGUUCACAUUUGGGUCAAAGACGUCAAGGACCUGCUGCAGCUGCGUCCGUCCGGAGUUGACUCCUUUGUGAAGUGCUAUGUGCUUCCAGACACCAGUAAGAAGAGCUACCAAAAGACCCGUGUCAUAAAGAGAGACACAAACCCUGUUUUCAAUCACACCAUUGUGUAUGAUGGCUUCCAUACGGAGGAUCUGAAGGAUGCCUGUGUUGAACUGACUGUGUGGGAUCAUGAAAAACUUACCAACCAUUUCCUUGGAGGAAUCAGGCUGGGCCUUGGGACAGGUUUGAGCUAUGGCAUCUCUGUGGACUGGAUGGACUCCACACAGGAGGAGGUGGCCUUUUGGCAGGAGAUGAUGUUGGCUGCCAAUGAGUGGAUUGAAGGAUUGCUGCCACUGCGCUCACUGGCAGGGAGGAAAAAGCUGAAAUAACCCAUUGUUGGUGCCACAGUGUGUUCAUUAGAAGAAUUGGGAAACUUCCUGAACCUGGGAGAAAGAAACCAUCCAUAGGGCUGCAAGUGUCAGGGUAAUGAGGAAAUUAAUGGGCAUCACCUUGGAGGUGUUAAUGUUCAGUACUAAUCCACUCACCAAGGACAUGGAAGAUGCCAAACUUGAUGCCAUACACGAUUUUAACCGAGAAGAAACUUAAUUUGCCUUUUUAUUUAAUCAUUUAUGUACUCAGUAUAUUUGAAUUCCAUUAAGCUCUGGGAAUAUUGGCAGAAGGAAAAGGAGAUAUGGAUACUUUUUUAUUAUUAUUAUUUCUUGUGCCAUUUUUCUUCCAUGCAGAGAUGUAGUUGUACUGAAGCAGCAGCAUGGUAUUAUUCAUACUCCCUGCAAGGGGUUCACUUUGUACUUGGUGUACAAUUGCUCCAAAUCACCAGCACAGUUUGAGAAUGGGAGCUUUGCAUUUGUCACUGGUGAUAACACCUCUUUAAUGUGAGGAAAAUUGAGUUCCAAGGUGCAUCUAAAGAAAGAGAGGAUUAUUUGCAGCAGAAAAUGAAGAAACCUGAGGAGGAUGACAAUGAGAAAUUUGAUAUAUUAAUUUCUUUCUGCUUUAAUCUGAAAGAGUGCAGGGAUGCUCUUAGAGAUAGUGGGAUUUUGCAAGCAGGGACUGUUUUCCUGGCUUUCCCACAGGCUUCCUCUGAGACUUCAGGGAAGUCUCUUUGUGAAAGGAGAGUUUGAGUGCAAUAUAAACUAAAAUGUUUGCCCAAAUGUAAAAUAUGGUUAUACUGCUAAUGGGCCUCAUCACACCUUUGCAAUGCCUUGCGUGCAAAACAUUUCAAUGUGAGCUAAUGAGGUAGGAGUCAGUGUCACAUUAGCCUGGCAUCAGGGUCAGGGAGGAAAGGUCACAACCACACUGGAACACAGGAGAUCCUGGGAGGGAGCUGGUGGGAGCGGUAAGUGGGGAGUGGGUGAAUGUGCAGGGAGUGCAGAGCUGCAGGUUCCUGGGGGUCUCCUGCACCUGCAUCCCCUGCUGCCCUUCUCCUCUCACCUGAUGCCUGUUAGUGAGUUGUCAGUGGCAUGGAAUUUCCCUUUUGCCAGUAGCUUGCAAAAAAUCUUUGCCAUCUAGCACAUGGACUGUGGUGGAGUGGUGUUGUGAAUACAUUUUGAAUUGUAGUUUUGUAAUUUCUAUUUUGGAUGUACAUAUUGUGAUUAAAUAGAAUGUUUUCCUUUAGUCAUCAGUUGGUCAUCUUGUACCUAUUUUUAUCAUGCUCUAAAUAACAAAAAAGCAAGCAAAAGAGGUGUUAAAUUUUGCUAUGUCAAAAUGAAGAAUUUUUGCCAAAAGGCAAAUGAAAUGUCAUGAAGAAAUAAUUUUUAUAACUAUCCCACUUUAGAUUUUGGCUCUCUGAUAAUUUUGAUAUUCUUCUUUAAUGUACUGGUUUUAUUUAACUCAAGCCUACUGUGAAUUUUCAGUUAGCAAAGAUGGUUGUAAAUAAAUUAAUGGAAAACUGUAAACCUA